GUAAACAUAGUUGAACAUGGAAUUCCCGGUAAAUGAUGCAGAGCAGAAAUUUCUCCGAGAUAAACAUGUAAAAUAUUGUUUACGUUGUCUUGGCGUUUUACCGGAAAGAUGUCAAUCUAUAGAUUCUUCAAGAGUGGUUACAGCAUUUUUUGCUAUUUCUGCUCUUGAUCACUUGAAUGCCUUAGAUAACAUUGAAGAUGACAAACAACACUUCAUUGACUGGAUAUAUUCUAUGCAGGUUGUUGCAAGUGAAGAUGAUACUGUUCCAGUUGAUUAUGGCUUCCGUGGUUCAACUAGUUGCAUGAUUAGCACAAAUAAUAAUUCUGAUCUCUGUGAUAAAGCGCAUAUUGCAAUGACUUAUACUGCUUUGGCAACAUUAAUUAUUUUGGGUGAUGAUUUAUCAAAAGUACAAAAAGAAAAUAUAUUGUCUAGUUUAAAAGAAUUGCAGCUUCCAGAUGGAAGUUUUCGUCCUAUGAAUAUUGAUUGUGAAAGUGAUAUGAGAUUUGUAUAUUGUGCAGCUUGUGUGUGUUACAUUCUGCAGGAUUGGUCUUCUAUUGAUGUUGAAAAAACUAUUCAAUAUAUACAAAAUAGUAGGAAUUAUGAUGGUGGCAUAGGACAAGGUCCUGGUUUAGAAUCUCAUGGGGGCUCUACUUAUUGUGCAGUGGCAGCAUUAUGGCUGAUGGGUAGAUUAGAAAGUACAUUUACUGAAAACGAUUUGAGAACUUUGAAACGUUGGCUAGUUUUUCGUCAAAAUCAUGGUUUUCAUGGACGACCAAAUAAACCAGAUGAUACUUGUUAUACAUUUUGGGUUGGUGCUACAUUAAAGCUUUUAGAUUCUUAUGAAUUUGUGAAUUAUUCCGAAGUUUCAAGAUAUGUUCUUUCAACUCAAGAUGAAAUUUGUGGCGGCAUUGCGAAAUGGGUUGAUUAUUGCCCAGAUGUGAUGCAUACUUACUUAGGAAUAAGUGGAUUAUUCUUACAUGACAAAGGUUCUCCUCUAACUCAUCCUGGGUUGAAUAUUAGUCACAGAGCUGCCAACUAUUUGUCAAAAUUACACAAGCAAUGGAAAGUACAAAGUUGACCUCAAAUAUGUAUGAAUGAUUUUUGUAUUGUCCUGAGAAUAAUCAAAUAGACUGGAGUUUAUCUGUAUAUUUAGCAGAUGGCUGUUGUUUAUAUAUAAAACUGUUAUCCAAAGAAUAUGGGUUGGUUUAAGUUACAGUGAUUAAGGCCAUAAAAGAAAACUUUGAAAUUCAUAACCAAUUCCCAAAAUAAGUUAAAUUUAAUUAAAUCUAAAUUUGAAUCCAAGGGACCCCUAAAAUGAGCAUUUUAGCCAUUUUUUCAACAUUUUUAUUUCUAAAUAAUGUAGUUCCUUUUGAUUUAUAAAAAUUUUUUAGCAACAAUCAAAAUGUAAUUUAUAUCACUGUAACUUUAACCCAAUUAUAUAAUAUUUCAAAGAUAAAAUGUACUAAUGAAUAUUUUUGAAGACUGAAAAAUAUGUUAACAAGCACUUAAUACUGAAAUAAUUAUCAAUUUAGUUUGAUAUUUAAAGAAAAAAAAUUCUGCAAAUAUGAAUAUUAUGCAAGUUUGUAUUUUUCUAUAUUUUUAGUUAAUAUAUUGCCAUUCUAGAAGAACUAUCAAUUCAAGCACGGCAAAGUUUUAAAAUUCAUCACUUCUAGAAAUAUUGAACAGUGUGGAAAUAUUGAUUCAAUUUUAAUAGUUUUAGUAGUUAAGUAUAGGAACAAUAGUUUUAAAAAGCUGUCAUGACUUUAUUAUAUUUUAUACAAGUUUGGCAGGUAUGCAAUUUUUCUUCUGGAAUUACAAUAUAUUACAUGAUAGUCUGUGAUAAAGAUGACUUAAAAAUUCAUACUUAAAUUCAUGCAUUUGAAUAUAUAUAUAUUAUAAAGCAUUUUUAACAUGACACUUAAAUGAGAGAAGCAAUUUUUAUUAAAUUUCAGCCUGCCAAAUAUGUAUUUCAGUAAAUAACAUCAUAUGCAAACAUAUGCUUCUCAAAUGAUACUAAUCCAUUUAUGAAUAUAAAUACAACAAAUUUAUUUAAUAAGUAAAUGUGAUGUCACAAUCACAUAAUUUAUAUGUAUAACUAAGCAUUUCAUUUUUCUUAAUACUGACUUUUGCUGUGCUGUGACAUCACAUCUUUUUUCCUCUUAUAAAAUGUGUAAUGGAUAUAAAAAUGAAAUUGAUACAAAGUAUUCAAAAAGCAUCAGAUGAGCAUGAAUUGGCUUUAUUAAUAUUCACAAGAAAUGAUUUUUUCUGCAAUAUAUAAAUUAAAUCAAAUAUAUAUUAUUAUAGAUUAUUUUAUGUAUUUAAUCAGCAGGGAAAAACAUUUUUGAAAUUCAUGAUUUUAUUUUAUGCUUGAAUCACGAAAGAAAAUUUCAUAGAAACUUGUACUGUGAAAAAAAGAUUUUUGCAUUUGCCUUUUCAAAGGCAUGAGAUUUAUGCACAAAUUUCUUUUUAAAUUGCAAAUUUUAAAAAGGGGAUCAAACUUGAAUAUGCAAGUGAAAUCCCUAUUUCUUAAACUUGUGUUUAUAUUAUAGACAUAGUUUACAUGUGUAUUCUUUAUUGUAUAAAAGUGUCUGUAUUUCUUCCUAAAUUAGUUAAGAACAAAUAUAUGUGAUUAUUCUUAAUGAAUUUAAUUCAAUUUGAUUGUGAUUUUGAGCUCCAAGAUAUUGGCAUAAUAUUAUUAAUUUCUUUAUUAUUAUAAAUAAAGUGAAUGAUUGACUGGUGAACAUAAAUAACUGUUCAUUAACUAGUCAUAGAAUUCAAUUAAAAUACGAUUAAUUUUUUCUUGAAGCUUGGCAUCUACAGAAAGGAUAUUGUAGCAUGCAGAAUGUAUUAAAUUGUAAGUUAGUUUGUUCCAGUUAGGUACAUGCUAACUUUAUACAUAAAUUAGUCAAGAUUUUUUAUUUUCUUGAGUGAACAGUUUGUUCUCUUCUAUAAUGCUGUUCAGUUUCUUACAAAAAAUUAUGUGUCUGUUAUUAGAAGUGAUUUCUUUUUAUUGUGCUCAAUUUUUUGUUCUGUAAUCAUAUUUUUCUUCAAUUUUUAGUAUAAGUUUUUUUUUUUUUUUAAACUAUUCAUGUGUGAUUGUAACCUAACUAAUAUAUAUAUAUUCAGUUCUUCGAGAUUAAUUUGCAAAUCUUAAUGGUUCAAAUAUGUAAAUGUAAAUUUCUGAACUGAAAAAAAUAACUUUUAUCAAUUAUUUGUUCUGUUUUGGAAAUCACCAUUUUUUCAUUAAAAAUAGUUUUAUUUAUAGGUUUUGUUAUAUCUAUAAUAAGUUAUACCUAACAGAAAAUCAUUGCAGUAUUUUUGUUUGUCAUUAUAAAAUAUGCAAUUGUUUUCUAAAAAUGUUAACUAACUGAAUGCUAUAUAUAAUAUUAAAAUGCAAAUAUAAUAUAAUAUUAGAAUGCAAAUAUAAUAUUAAAAUAUUGAGCAUAUUUUAUGAAUAUUUUCUUUGGUCUUUUGUAUUAGUUGUAAUCUAUGAAACUACAAAUUAUAAUAUUAAAGCAAUAUUUAUGAAAUUAACUUAUAAAAUAAAUAUUUCCAGAGUCAAAAACUAUUCAAAGGAAGAUACAUUGCAUUUAGAGUGCACCUAUGCUGUUAGAUAUAAAAAUUAAGUUUAAAUUGAGGUUAUUAAGAACAAAAAAAAAAAGAAAGGAAAUGGAAUUAAAAAAAAAAAAAAAAAAGGAAAUGAUAAAUCCACCGUGAAGAUUUUAUCGAGGGUCACCCUCAAGCAGGGGGAUUCAAACCAGGGAUUUUUUUUUUUUUUUUUUUUUUUUUUUUUUCUGCAAUGGGUCUGACUUUUGUCCAAGUAUUGACCUCUUGUGACCCGAAAAUCUCAAGAAUUUGAAGGGGGAGGGGGUUUUCCCCACAAGAAUUAAUAAAGCAAUGUCAUACAAAAUAUUUUCAAAUUUGAGUUUUCAUUUUAAAUUUGUUCUUUACCAGCUAGAGAGCAAGUUUUACAUUUUUUGGUGCCACAUGGUAGAUAUUUUUUGUAAUUUUUUGAACAAAACAGUUGUGGAAGUAACUUUUUAUCCAUGAAAGCUCCAAGCACAAAACUAUCCACAGUGCACAGUAUCCAUUUUUCCCCCCAAUUUAAACUUAAUUUUUAAUUUGUAAUCUAUGAAAAAUUCUUGUUUAAUGUGUCUGCCUGGUUUUGAAUUAUAUUGUCUCCAGCCUUUGUUUUUGAAUGUCUCAUCACUUAUGAUUAUCAAAUUAGUUUCCUCUGUAAAACAAUAUUCAUCUCUGCAAUAAAUAGCUCAGUGUUUAUUAUAAUUUUAAGUAAUUUUUAAUGCAUUUCUUAUUGCAAUGUCGUAAAAAUUUCUGAUUUAUAUAUUAUAUAUUUUUUAUUUUAGUAUGUCUCAUUUCUUUCAUUAUGAUUAAUAAUUCCAAACAAAUUAUAAAUUUUUGCUACUUAGUUAUUUAUUUUGUUUGUUUUAAAAUCCUUAUUCUUUACUCUCGUGCCUCUGCUUUUGUGACUUAAAUGUUUUCACUGCUGACUUGUAUAUUUAAAUAUAAAAAUCAAACAAUCAAAUUGAAAAUUGAUUAACAAUAAAAAAAAGCUUAUUUAAUACAAUUAUUUUAAUAAAUUUCAGUUGAAUGUUUUUUAUUUAAGAUAAUUUAGUUUUCUGAGCUCGGUUUCAAAUGUGGAUGCAUAUUUUAAUAAACCUUGGUUUUUGUAUAUUAUUUACAUGUAAGUAAUAUUAAUAAAAUUCUUGUAAAAAAAUAAGUUUUUCUUGUGAUAUAAAAUGUUCAAUAUAAUUGUUAUUGUGAAUAUUAGAA